AUGGAGGAGGUAGUGGGGAUGAUUAAAGAGUGUGGGGGUGAAACUGCAUGCCUGGCUGAGGUAGAGGAGAAUAGGAGAGUUCAAGCUAUCCUGGAGAAGUAUGAGGCUGUCUCUGGCCAACGAAUCAAUCGUGAAAAAACUGCCAUGGGUUCACAAGAAGCUGAGUCCUCGUCUGCAAGUGCCCAGAGAGUAGUGUUGAAACAGCUAUGGAAAAUGCCUGUGCCCAAUAAGAUUAAGAUUUUUGCUUGGCGUGCUUGCAAUGAUGGUUUGCCUACAAAAGAGAAUCUCAUGAAAAAGCAAGUUCCAAAUGAUGGGAACUGUAGCUUGUGUAAUGUGGCGUUUGCUCUUUGUAACGCUAUAAAGUAUGACAUUGUGGCUACUUUCUUUGCUUUGGCAUGGGGAUUUUGGUUUAGCAGGAAUAAGUACAUUCAUGAGCAGCUGCUCCUUCCUCCUCAUCAGGUUGCUACACAUGCAAUCUCACUACUGAAAAGUUAUAGGGGAGCUCAUAAACAAUCAAGGCAGCAAAUGAGAGAUGUGUUUAAAUGGAAGCCUCCGGAUCCAGACAUGCUCAAGUUGAAUGUUGAUGGUGCUGUUUUUGUAGAGAUGGGGAAAGAUGGGAUGGGUGCAAUUCUGCGAAAUAGCUCGGGUAGUGUUCUCAUGGCUGCAAGCUUUUCAGAGGGGGAUGUUGCUGAACCAGUGCACAUAGAGGUGAUUUCUCUUUUUUGUGGCCUUCAAUUGUAUGCAAGUAUGGGAAUUGAUCAGAUUCAAGUGGAGAGUGAUUGUCUCUUGGCAAUUGAAGCAGUUCAACAGGACAACAUGGCUAAUUCACUGCUUGGUUGCUUUUAUUCAGAGCUUAAAAAGUUGUCAUCUUGUUUUAGGGAAUGUGUUUUUCAACAUGUUUAUAGAGAAGCAAACAUGGCUACUCAUUGUCUUGCUCAUUAUGCAAGAAAGGUUGAUAGAAUUAUUGUGGAGGGAUUGUAUUCCGGGCUUUUUAUCUCAAACCUUGUGGUUUGGUUUAUGUCUGUAAUCAUUUUUUGUUGA